CGAAUGGCGGCGGCGGCGGAGGGACGUCCGGGCCGGUCUCCGCGCUCGCUCGGUGCAGCAUCGCCCCGACGGACGGGAGACGGGCUGCGGCUCCUGAUGCGGCGCCCGGCGAUGUUUGUGGAUGGCGGCGGGGGGCGUUUUGUAAAGGACAAGCUGCUGGGGGAAUGUAGCGGUUGAGCAGCAUCUGUGGAGGCAAAAGGAUACUGUUCCACCUGCUGAGAUCUUCCAGCAAUCUUUUUGCUCCAGAUUCCGGCAUCUGCAGUCCUUUGUGGUGCCUUUCUUCAUUUUUAUGCCCUGCCACCCACAACCUCACUCCUCCCCCUCCUCCCUCAUCGCAGCCCCCCUUCACUCACUUGCUCCUCUAGAUGAACUCAGGCACCCCACUCCAUCCACCUUCGUGCCACCCCCUCUGCAGUAAAGGAGUGUCACACGGUUGGAGGGAAGGUGCUGAGGGAGUGCUGCCCCAUGGGAGGGGCAAUGCUGAGAGUGUGCCACACUAUCGUAGAGAUCAUAAGGGAGCCCCAGACUAUUGGAGGGGGAUACUGAGAGAGCGCCAUCAGAGGCACAGCACUGAAGGAGCCCCACGCAACCAGAGGGACUGCAUUGAGGGAGCCCCACACUAUCUCUUGCAAAUUUCUAUAGAUGUACAGUGGAGACCAUUCUGACUGGUUGCGUCACAGCCUAGUAUGGAUGCUCCAAUGCACAGGUUCGUAAGAGGCUGCAGAGGAACAUAGAUCAGCCAGCUCCAUCACGGGCACAACCUCAAAGACCCAAACUCAACCAUUGAGGAACAGCUUCUUCCCUUCUGUCAGAUUUCUGAAAGGUCCAUGAACUACAUUAUUCCUACAUUAUGUAACUGCACUGUGUAAUGAAUUGACCUGUACGAUCAGUUUGUAAGACAAGUUUUUCACUGUACCUCGGUACAAGUGACAAUAAUAAACCAACACCAAUACCUUUCCUUUUGGACUAUUUAUUUUUAUUUUACGUACUGGUGCCACAAAACUACACACUUCACAUCAUAAGAAUGGCAAAUAGAAUAAAUUUAAUUCUGAUCAGAGCGACGGUACUGAGGGAGCUACACUCUAUCGGAGGGACAGUGGUGAGGAAGCGCCACAUUAUCGGAGGGGUAUGCUGAAGGAGCGGCAACUAUCGAGGGAGCCCGACACUAGGAGGAUCAUGCUGAGGGAGCGCCAAGCUAUUGAAGGAGCGCCUCUGUAUCAGAACAAUACGGUCAGAUGGCACCAGGCAUCCUAAUGGAGGUGUGUGUGGAUUCAGUGGAAUCGGCCAUCAAUGCUGAAAGGGGAGGGGCAAGUCGGAUUGAACUGUGUUCGAGUUUAAUGGAAGGCGGCAUCACCCCCAGUAUUGGUUUGCUGCAAGUGGUUAAGCAGUACCUGAGGAUUCCAGUGUUUGCCAUGAUUCGCCCGCGAGGAGGGGACUUCCUCUACACCGACAGUGAGAUCGAAGUCAUGAAAAACGACAUCAAGAUGGCCAAAGCCAGCGGUGCGGACGGCAUUGUGUUUGGUGUGCUGACGGAGGAUGGAAGGGUUAACGCUGAAGUGUGCAUGGAUCUGAUCGCUGAAUCACGACCAUUGCCUGUGACUUUUCAUAGAGCUUUUGAUAUGGUGCACGACCCCUCCACGGCUCUGGAGAGUCUCACCUCACUGGGCUUUGAUCGGGUCCUCACUAGCGGAUGUGACAGCUCUGCACUUGAGGGACUGCCAACUAUCAAGCGCCUGGUAGAGCAGGCAAAGGAAAGGAUAAUUGUUGUAGCAGCUGGUGGAAUAACAGAAAGAAACGUGCAACGGAUUCUGGAAGGUUCUGGCAUCUGUGAGUUCCACUGUUCUGCCCGAUCUUCUCGAGACUCUUCAAUGAAGUUUCGAAACAUGUCGGUCUCCAUGGGAGCUUCCCUCUCCCCGCCAGAGUACAGUGUGAAAGUGGCAGACAUCUGCAAGAUUAGAACAUUGAAUGCUAUUGCCAGGGACACAGUGUAAAUACCGGGAACAUCCAAGCCUUGGUAAGGCAGGAAGGAAAGAUUUACCUGUUUUAAUGCAGAUCUUAUCGUUUCAAAAAUGGUGACUUAUUUACUACCUGGGAAAGGAGCAGACAAGUUAUUUGGACUGAAGAGGAAGUCUGGCGGUUGGGGAGCCUGAUUGCAUUUCUCUUGCACAACAUAAACUAUUCGGUCUGGUUUAAAAGUUUUGCAAUUGGAACCCUUCUCUGUCUAUACGAAGAUGGAGCUCUUCCCCAUUAAAGUACAUGGAAUGCAAUCUUCUGCCAGCAUUUGCAGCUUACAGUUAUUACAAUUAAAAACUGUUGACUGGAUGGACCCCUUCCUUUCUUCUAAUAUCCCCUUUUUUCCUCCUGUCCUUCAAUGGUGUGACUCCUUGUUGGGAAACAGUUCCAUGGUCUCUCUCUGGUACCUGACCCAAUUGUGUGUAACGCGAUUCAGGGUGACAGAUUUCUGCAUCCUUGCCUAAAUCCGGAGCGGGAAGCAGUGGCAACUUCCUUUUGACCCAACUGUAGCACUCCUGCAGUCCGGCUAAUAUCUGGAACUCAACAUAGGCUGAGGACUAAAGCUGGGGUGUUCCUGUCCUCUGUCACUCCGGUAAUCCCUGGAUAAACUCACUGAACCGUCAGGGAAGCGGUUUUACAGUGGUAAGCCCUGUUUCAUAUCCCUUCUGUGCUGAAGGACCCCAAUAAAUUGACAGCUUUUUCUGGUUUUA